AUGAACGGACCGUGCAAGAUUCUGCUUUUAUGUCUGCUUGGCCUGAUCGGCAUGGACGUAGGUUUGGCGAGCAUAAUCAGACGGUCGGGAAGCUACCCGGGCUCGAUUUGCACGGCCACCUUGAAGAACAACCACGGGCACAACGCCGGCGCACGGUUCUCCUGGAUGCUCUGGAAGACGAAGACUGUGCCGUGGCAAAGGAUGUUCCCCCCUGGAACGCGAGGGAAGAAGGAAGUCGCCCUUUUCCUGAACGACAAGAUGCAAUGCACGGCCACAUUCUGGGUGGACACAAAGACUUGCUCCAUCAAAGAUGAUCACUGCCAUCAAUCACCAUCGACAUGCGAGAAAUUAAAGCAUACUUCCCAGCCGUCUCUUAUGGUGGAGGAAGGAACGCCGACUAAAGGUCCCAUCCAAUGGAAAAACUGUCCUGCCGGAAUGUUCGUUCAUGUGGAUUUCUGA